AUGGACUAUACUAGAGCAACUGAAGUGGCUAAUGACACUAACUUAGAUGUUGGAACUAACCAACAUAAGCUUGUUUCUCCACAUGGAGGUCUUACCCGGAUGGAUAACGACCAUUCGAGUUCUCAGGUUGUAAAGGAAACCCUUCAAUCAAAUAUUGAGAUUCCUAAUGAGAACACAGAUGUUUUCAUUAGAGCAUUUAAAAAUCGUUUAAGCACCUUAGAGGGCUUAUACAAAAAAACUAUGGCAAAGCAUGACGAAUUACUUAACUCAACUGAAGCUGGUGACUAUUUAAGCAAAAUCACUGAGCUGGAAGGGGAAGAAAAAGGUCUUGCAUUAACCAUAGAAAAAUUAAGGACAAAAAUCAUUGAUAGAGAAGGACUGUUAAAUAACAGAACCACUGCUCAUACAAGAAAAUCUCUUAAUUAUACUGAACUGGCUACCGAUAAUGAUUACCAACAAAGUAAUGAAUUACCUGUAACAAGCUACAGUAAAACCAAAGAAGGUAAUCAACAAAUUAACUUGAUUAACAAUGGAUCAUUAGUGUUUAGAACAUUAAAUGGUAAAGAAGUUGUUAUCAAUAAGAAUUACCUUCCACUCAAUAUUGAAUUUAAACUUAUCAAUAUUGAGGACCUUCCUUUGUGGAUCAAGCAAUUCGUUAAAUUCCUAAAUUAUUACAAUUUAGAUAAUUUAAAUGAAUUGCCAGAAUCCACAAUUAUUGACCCUAUAGAAGAUCAAUUUAUAAAGGAUCAACUUAAGGAACAUAUCAAGUGCGAAGAUAUAUAUGACUUUAUCUUCGUGGAUAAUAGUUCACUUAAAAUUGUAAACGAAGUUAAGAGAAUCUUCAUAAGGAAACUUAACUUUGUUGCACGUCAAAAAUUAUGGAAACAAGUGUCAAUCACUGAGAAAUCCAAUAAUUUGGCUUUACAACUAAAUUUAUUGAAUAAAUUAGUUGGAAUUGAAGAAUUCAUUAACACAGAUAAGAUGGAAAUUUUCAAUUUGAUAAUCAAUAGGAUUAAUGGCCAAGUAUUGCAACGAAUUAAUGCAGUACCUAUUGAUCUAUCAAAAAUAACUCCUACUCAAUACGUAGGAAUUAUUAGAAAUCAUGCGGAGGAUGCUUUAGAAUUUCAUGAACAAAUGAAGCAAUUUUAUUCAUCUGAACGAGCAGAAGUCAAAUCUAAUUCUAAGAAUCCAGAGAAUAUUAGACCUAUUGUAAAAAAGGUAAAGAGAAACCCAGAAACUCUUAGGCCGAUUGAACAAAAAGGUAAAGAGAAAUCCAGUACAAACAGAAGUAUCCACAAAGAACUUUUAUAUUUUAAGGCUACUAUUACCAAUAAUAGAGACGUUAUAGAAAGAAAGCUUUUUUUCAGCAGCAUUAGAAAAAGUGCUACAAAAUCUAUUGAAGAUGAAAGUGUUUGA